CUAGCUGAAUUUAACGCACAGUAGCGAAUUUCCAGUCUGUCGGGCGUGCACUUGGCUACGACAGGAAUUUCUUCAUUAAAUAACGUUUUACUUUUUAUUUUUACUUUUUUUUCCAUGAUAUUACACCGACACAGAAAAUAUGACUCUCGGGCUAAUCUUGAGGAAAUGGUGUCGGUUUCGCCGGGACGGAUUUAAUUUAGUGUCACGCGCUGCUCUGUGGGUUUAAUAAUGAAAUCGGAGGCGAUUCCGUUAGCCAGUCAACGCUGUUGCUAUGUAACGUUAGCUAACUCUAUCGUUUAAAGUUGUUACACUGACAUGGUUUAAUGAUUUAACUUUGUCUUCUAAACGAUAUAUCUAUUGUAUAGUUUUUAUUUUAAUAAAUUGAUAGCACAUCAGUUUGAAAUAAAUGUUCGGGGAUUCCGACAUUUCGCUAGCUAUUAAAUAAAGUACUUAGAUUUAUAAUUAGCAUAGCUGAGUUAGCUUGGGAAAUUCCUAAUAAACCAGAAUAACGGGCUAGCUGUUCGACUUAGAGGAGGGAAUUUGGUUUUGCAGUUUACGUUCCCGAAACAGUGCUUAUUAUAUUUUUUUCUUGCACAGAACAGUAAUCAAUAUUCAGCUCAGUCCCAUGGUUACGCUAGUAAGUUGCUUCCGAAUCGACUUCUAACCUGCUCCCCUGUUUGUGAGGUUAAAAAGUUGUAAGUGCUUUGACAGUUUCAGUUUUAGCGAGUUAAUAACCGAGGGCCUGUCUAAUGCCCAGCUGAGGUUUGUGACACUACAGCGUGAAGUUGGCUUUCUGAUUGACUCUUAGGAUUAUUUAUUAUCUUGUUAACUCUUAUUAAGUCAACAUGAAGAACUAUACGACAAAGAUGUGAACUGGAAAAGGUUGACCUUAUCAUGGAUUCCUUCUCUCAGCAUGACACUGGUGUCCCGGGGGCUGAAAUGUUCCAGAAAUAAAUACAUUUCUAAGGAUUCUAAGAGAUUUAUGAAUAUGUAUGUGGAUCUGUCUAGAUCCAGAUUUUAGAUCUCUCUCAACGUUGGUCUUCUUGUGGAGAACUGGGAUUGAUUGCAAACAUGGGAGAAACCAGCUUGAACGACUCGAAUGUCAAGGUGGCCGUCCGUGUUCGACCCAUGAACCGGAGAGAAAAGGACCUGAACACGAAAUGUGUGGUCGAGAUGGAGGGGAACCAGACCUUCUUGCAUCCAGCCAGUGGGAACCUGGGAAAAGCAGACUCUAGGAGUCAGCCCAAGACUUUUGCCUAUGAUUACUGCUUCUGGUCCAUGGAUGAAUCAGAAAAGGAAAAAUAUGCAGGACAAGAUAUAGUGUUUCAGUGUCUUGGGGAAAGUCUGUUGCACAACGCCUUCCAGGGUUACAAUGCCUGCAUCUUUGCAUACGGGCAAACCGGCUCGGGGAAGUCAUACACCAUGAUGGGUUCGUCAGACCAGCCAGGUCUUAUUCCACGGCUCUGCAGCUCGCUGUUUGAACGGACACUGCAGCAUCAGCGAGAGGGGGAGAGUUUCACCGUGGAGGUCUCUUACAUGGAGAUCUACAAUGAGAAAGUUCGGGACCUCCUCGACCCAAAAGGGAGUCGUCAGGCACUGAAAGUGCGAGAGCACAAAGUCCUGGGCCCAUACGUGGAUGGUCUCUCACGGCUCGCUGUGGCCAGCUACAAGGACAUUGAGUCAUUAAUGUCAGAGGGGAAUAAAUCUCGCACCGUGGCUGCCACCAACAUGAAUGAAGAGAGCAGUCGCUCCCAUGCCGUUUUCAACAUCAUCCUCACACACACUCUCCGAGACCUGCAGUCUGGGACCAGUGGGGAAAAAGUGAGUAAGCUGAGUUUGGUGGAUUUGGCUGGAAGUGAGAGAGCAGCCAAGACUGGUGCGGCUGGUGAGAGGCUGAAAGAAGGCAGCAACAUUAAUAAGUCGUUAACCACACUGGGGCUUGUGAUCUCAGCGCUGGCUGACCAGGGUGCAGGGAAAAACAAGAGCAAGUUUGUGCCUUACAGAGACUCCGUACUCACAUGGCUGCUUAAGGACAGUUUAGGAGGAAAUAGUCGGACCGCCAUGGUAGCCACAGUGAGUCCAGCUGCUGAUAACUAUGAUGAGACCCUGUCCACGCUGCGCUAUGCUGACCGUGCCAAGAGCAUCGUCAACCAUGCCGUCGUGAACGAAGAUCCCAAUGCCAGGAUCAUCCGAGAGCUAAGGGAAGAGGUGGAGAAGCUCCGGGAUCAACUCACACAAGCCGAGUCCAUGAAGGCUCCAGAGCUGAAGGAGAGGCUGGAAGAGUCUGAGAAGUUGAUCCAGGAGAUGACGGUCUCCUGGGAGGAGAAACUGAGGAAGACAGAGGAGAUUGCACAGGAGAGGCAAAAGCAGCUGGAGAGUCUGGGCAUCUCUUUGCAGUCGUCUGGGAUUCGCGUAGGAGAAGAUAAAUGCUUCCUGGUCAACCUCAACGCCGACCCUGCCCUCAAUGAACUGCUGGUUUAUUACUUAAAGGAACACACAAUGGUGGGCUCAGCAGACUCGCAGGACAUUCAGCUGUGCGGCAUGGGCAUCCAGGCCGAGCACUGCGUCAUCAACAUCACCUCUGAGGGAGCAGUUUUCCUUAAUCCAUACAAGAAUUCAAGGACAUGUGUAAACGGAUCUCCAGUCACGAGCCAGCAGCAGCUUCAUCAUGGCGACCGUAUACUGUGGGGCAACAACCACUUUUUCAGAAUAAAUCUUCCGAAGAGGCGUCCUCGUCCUGCAGCCGAGGAGGAGGAAGGGGAGGGGGGUAACAUAAAAAACAGCAACAGCAGUGAGCAGCUGGAUGCAGAUGGGGACACAGCCAGCGAAGUUUCCAGCGAGGUCAGCUUCAGCUACGAGUUUGCACAGACAGAGGUCAUGAUGAAGGCACUCGGGAGCAACGACCCCAUGCAGGCAGUGCUCCAGAGUCUAGAGAGGCAGCAUGAAGAGGAGAAGCGCACAGCCUUGGAGAGACAGAGGCUGAUGUAUGAGCAGGAGCUUCAGCAGCUGCGCAGACGGAUCACACCUGAACGGCAGAGCACGCAGACCCAGCAGCACUACCGCAGCAUGGAGAGACUCAGCCUCGGCGGGGCGUCAUCGUCUUCUCGUCUGCGCCAGUGGAGUGAAGAGAGGGAGGCAGUGCUAACGCGGAGCUUACGGAAACUUCGAGAACAAAUAGUUAAAGCCAACCUCCUGGUGCAGGAGGCAAGCUUUAUUGCCGAGGAGCUGGACAAGAAAACCGAAUACAGAGUCACUCUGCAGAUUCCUGCUGCUAACCUCAAUGCCAACAGGAAGCGUGAUGCUGUGCUGAGCGAACCUGCCAUCCAGGUGAGGCGUAAAGGUAAAGGCAAGCAGAUCUGGGCUUUGGAGAAGAUGGAGAACAGAUUAGUGGACAUGAGGGAGCUCUAUCAGGAAUGGAAGGACUAUGACGAGGAUAACCCUGUGAUGCGUUCAUACUUUAAAAGAGCAGACCCUUUCUUUGAUGAGCAAGUCAAUCAUAGUCUAAUCGGAGUGGCAAACGUCUUUCUGUCCUGCCUGUUUUAUGACGUAAAGCUGCAGUACGCCGUGCCCAUCAUUAACCAGAAAGGAGAGGUAGCAGGACGAUUACAUGUGGAGGUUGUGCGUGUUGCCGGAGGUGUAGAGGACAGCAUGGCUGGUGGGGAGGACGGGGACAGCAGCCCUGAGGGAGAAUCGCUUGAGCGCAAGCUCAUCUGUAUGAUUAAAAUCCUGCAGGCUACAGGCCUGCCCCAGUACUUGUCCAACUUUGUCUUCUGUCAGUACUUAUUCUGGGAUCAGGCCGAGCCCAUCAUCGUAGCUCCUGAAGUGGACCCGUCAGCCUCAUCUCCUAGCAGCAAAGACCCUCACUGUAUGGUGGUGUUCGACAGCUGUAAGGAGCUCGCUGUGGCAGUAACAGAGGAUUUCAUCGAGUAUCUAACAGAUGGAGCACUAGCUAUUGAGGUGUAUGGCCACAGGCAAGCUGAUCCAGGUAGGAACCUGGCCCUGUGGGACCUCAGCAUUAUUCAGGCCAAGACUCGCACACUGCGUGACAGAUGGAGUGAGGUGACUCGAAAGUUGGAGAUGUGGGUGCAAAUUUUGGAACUGAAUGAGAACGGAGAGUAUAUACCAGUGGAGGUGGUGUCAGCUGGAGACGUUCGCACAGGGGGUGUCUUUCAGCUGCGACAGGGCCAGUCUCGGCGGGUGCAGGUGGAGGUGCGUUCAGUCCAGGACUCUGGCACUAUGCCACUGAUAGCAGAGAUAAUUCUAGGUGUGUCUGUCGGGUGCGUGGAGAUCAGACAGGCUCGCCCUGGUAAAGGAAACGACUCACAACAGCUGGAAGUGGAUGAAAUGGACAGUUAUCAGGAGCGAGAUCUGGAGCGGCUGAGGCGUCAGUGGCUGGCCGCUCUCACGAAGAGACAGCAGUACCUGGAUGAACAUCUCCAGAGUCUGGUCAGCAAAACAGAUAAGUCAGAGGACGAUGUGGAGCGUGAGGCUCAGCUGCUCGAGUGUCGUCUUACUCUCACAGAGGAGAGGAAUGCGGUGAUGGUGCCCUCUGCUGGCAGCGGCAUCCCUGGAGCUCCUGCGGAGUGGGUACCAGUGCCUGGGAUGGAAACUCACAUUCCAGUCCUCUUCCUUGAUCUGAGUGCUGAUGAUUUCAGCUCCCAAGAAAACCUGGAGAGCCCUGAAGCUGGUGGCUGGGAUGCCUUGCUGAGUGGAGAGGACGAGGAUUACUUUUUUGAUCUUCAGAUUGUUAAGCACUAUGACGGAGAGGUGAAGGCUGAAGCCUCCUGGGACUCCACAGUUCAUGAGUGUCCUCAGCUCAGUAGAGGUGGUGCUCCAGACCAGAGGGUCUACCUGACCAUACGCACCGUGGUGCAGCUCAGCCACCCAGCUGAAAUGCAGCUUGUCCUGCGCAAACGAAUCUGUGUGAAUCUCACCGGACGACAGGGUUUUGCCCAUAACUUCUUAAAGAGAAUGUCUACGCGUAGCACCGUGCCUGGCUGUGGCGUGACCUUUGAGGUUGUCUCUAAUAUCCCAGGGGAUGCUCAGAGCUCAGAGGACAGGGAGAUGCUCGCACGCAUGGCAGCCAACACAGAGAAUCCCAAAUCAUCUGACAAUGAGGCAGCCAUAGAGAAAUACCUGCGUAGUGUCUUGGCCGUGGAAAACAUCCUCACGCUGGAUCGUCUAAGACAGGAGGUGGCUGUAAAGGAGCACUUGGCUGGGAAAGGAAAGGGAAGCAGAAGGAGUCUCAGCUCGCCCAGCGUGCAUAGGCUGUCUGGGAGCAGACAGGAUCUGUCUCUAAACUCAAGUCUGGAGGACAACAAAAAUCGAUGGGAAAGUCAGCAGGACAUCUUUCUGCCAGCUCCACAGGUCAGCCGUACACUGCCUCGGCCCACCAGAGAACCCACGCCACCUACACAGUGCCAGAACCAGAGCCUACCACAAACCCAGGAUCCAGAGCAAGGUCUUUCAGGGCUUGCUGCUUCUUAUCUCUCCCCAGUCAAGGCCCUCGUCCCUCAGAUGCCCAAACUCCUUAAAUCCCUUUUCCCUGCUCGUGAAGACAAGAAGGAUCUGCGUCCCUCUCCACAAUCACAACAGCACGUGCCUCGUAUCAUGAUGCAAACUACCAGCAGCCCAGAUGAAACCAGAGUUCGAGCAGAACCAGUACCCGUGAUCGGAAGAAGUCCUGACUCUGAGAAACCCUCAGACAGCUCUGAUGCAGUCAGCUCCUCCAUGCAGGACUCGCAUGAGCUGCCCCUCAGCCCGGUCAGUGAAGCUUCCAGUGGCUAUUUCUCCACCAGUGUCUCCAUGGCAACUCUUUCUGAUGUUUCUGCCGCUUCUGGGGACCUUACCCCAAGCCUCAACACCCAUGGUGCAGAUGAAUUCAAGGAUGACACCGUUUCUCUUGCAGAAACUGGACAGAAACGUGACGAGGAAUCUCAACAGAACCUAUACUCCAAAGACCCACAGCCCACUCCAAGGAAUGGAGUUCCCAAUUCUCACUCCCAGGCAAACCUAGUAACUGUCCCUUAUUUAGUACCUAAAGCUGCUACUGAUUACACAUUCUCCCUCCAGAGAGUCAAACCCUCAAACCUCAAGUCUUUCAGUCCUAUCCUGCCUGAGGAUGUGAAGGAGAAAGAAGAAAGAGGCAGGGCAGAAGGAAGCUCUGACCAAAUGAACAGAGACCCUGAACUCCCUUGCUGGCUCAGAGUUGGAGAAAGUGUCAUGGUGGCCAACAGUAAGAGGGGAACAGUGCGUUAUGUUGGGUACACCGACUUCUCAGAAGGCAUCUGGGUUGGAGUAGAGCUUGAUGCACCUGCAGGUAAGAACGAUGGAACUGUAAAAGGCCGUCAGUAUUUCCACUGUAACCCUGGCUAUGGAGUCCUUGUGCGGCCGGACCGAGUGAGUCGGUGCGACACCCCUAAACGGCACACAGAGGACCGGCGUAGUGGGGAGUUUCUACUGCUUAAGUCAGGUUCUGGCCUGUCCAAUCAGAAAGCAGAGAACCGCAAAUCCUGGAGCAACUAAACGCUGCUGUUUGCUGAAUGAUUGCAUGAUCACAGUUCCGCACUUGUGCUAUGUAACCCUGGUACUCUGGGUCUACAUGAAGAAGAUACAGCAUUCCCUCAAGACCAACACCAGCUUACCUGCUCUUGUGAUAAGUCCCAUAUCAACACUGAAUAAACUGUGCGAGUUGAACCUCGAAUACAACUCCUGAGGAACCCUGGUGUUUGGGGUCAAACGGUUGAUUUUUUUUUCUACCUUUUGAGUACCUGCUUUGUUUAAUCUUCCUCCCCUUUAUUCAAUAAUCUGUGCUGAGAAUCCCGAACGUGCCUUUGUGAUUCAGGUUGUUUUUGUUUUUAUUUUAAGUCAUACCUUAUUCCUCUUUAACACUAGAGAGAAAGCCUUCCGUCAGCACGUGGUCUGAUCUCAGGGAUUGGUCAGGGACAACGGUUAUGUCUGAUGUAAGAGAAAGCUAGGUUCUGCAUCAGAGGAUGCCAAAUGUGUGGUUUGUGCAUAUAUCUAUUUAAAGGCCUAUUCAUACCAUACACACAUUUUCUGCAAGAUGUGCUGAAUGGCUGUGAAGCUUUUUUUUCUUUUCUGAGCUAUUUUUGAAAUUUCUUUUUUGUCCAUAAGUUGCAUGACUUUAAGCACAUCAUGUCAUCUUAUUAUGAUUGCACUGAAAGGUUGAUAGCUCAUGUUAAAGCUAUAUGAUACUUGUUCUAAAACUAAAUUAGUGCUUUAGUGAGAAAAGCAAGUGCAAGUUUAUAACUCUGGCAUUAUUUUGUUGCCGAUGUUACUUUAGUAGAUUAUCUAAUCUUAUAACUGGGACAAAUGACACAAAGUAAAUACUGUAGGUAGACAUAGGGCCGAACGCUGAAAAGUACGGCUCACUGCAAUUUGUUAAUUUUUUUUUCUUUUCAAAUGCUUAUGGAGGCACGUGUGCUGGGAACAAAUAAUUUACAAUUCUUUUACAUUUCCAUGAUGCAUGAUGUGUGGUAUGAAUAGGUCUAAAGAUAGAAAGUUGCAUUUUUAAUGUGAUGUACUGCAUUUAUUGCAUGUGAGAGAAUAUGGAGAAAGGAAUUGCUUUGGGAGAAAAGUCUGUAGCUCAUAUGAGGACAAGGCCACUACAUACCUCAGAGCAUGUAGCAUGUAGAUCUGAGUGAUUUUAAAGAAUGUGUAAGUUUAACUGGGAUAAGAGGUUUUAGUGUUGCACUGGUAUUCAUGAGGAUAAACCUCCAGUUACUGACACCAGUGCAAUCAUUUUAGUGAUUCAUUCGGUUCAGUCUUCCAUGAGGAAUUUAGCAAACAUGCCAUGUACGAAGAUACGAGGAUGGACCAAUUCCGGGCAGUGCCUAAGGCUACACUAUAUAAUUAUUUGCGUAAAGUGAAUAAGUGGAAAAAAGUCAUUCCAAGAGAAAGUAUUAAAUGUUUUGCAUCAUUACACAGUCAGAGGUGCACAUACUUCAAUAUGAAGGAGCACGAAUGAACUGUCUUGUACAUGGGAGCAGACCAGAAAGAUGGGUUAUACCAUUGCAUUUUAAACCGUACCCUCCGUUCACACUAGCACACGUGUUCAUUGUACGUUCUUGCACAGUACAGUAACAGCUAUAUACAGCUUCUAAAGCAAACCAGUUAAAAAGAUUAAAAUAAUGCACUAAUCAGUGAUUGAUCUUGAUUUACGUGUAACUGGCAAAUGUUAGCAGCGUGUUACAAGCUUUAUUUGUCUCAAUACAUAUUUAUUGACGUGAUUCAUCCAUUUUCGAGCAUCAAACAGUUAACAGAAUCAUCAGACCACAGGUCAAACCGAGGAAUUAUGUGAGCCAGUUUUGCUGUUAUAUGGAGUUUGCAUGAAAUUGGGCAAAUCUGGAUUAAAAUCUCACUCACUCACUAGUGUGAACGCAGGGGUUAAUGUGAUUUCUUAAAUCGAAUGCAAUAUUGAUUUUAUUAAAGUAUAUUUUAAUUAUUCUAGAUAGCUAUAUGGAAUUUAUCAAGUUUUCAAUUUAUGAAUCCCUUUGAAUUAAAACAUUGCACAUUUGAUUUAGAUUAUAUCCCUGCCCACCCAGUGGGUGUGUCUUCUUGUUUUAUAGAGGAUUUAAAAUCAAACUUGGACUUGGUGCUGAAAUAAAAAGCCAUCACCUUUAUAACCCGCAAGAUUUCCCAGGAAGGGGUGAGAUUUCCUGAAAGUAGUAUUUAUUUUCCUGAUUUUAUAUUUCUUCAGUAGCUCCAGAGCUUCUAACUAACUGUGUGUGUGUGUGUUUGUGUGUGUGUUUGUGUGUGUGUGUGUGUGUGUGAUCAUUACCAUGGCUUCAUCUUGUCAUUGCACAAGUCUUUAAAAAACUGUCACGGAAAUAUAUCUUAUCAUUUUUUAAUCAUCUUUGUGUGCCUUGUGCAUUUAUUUGAAAAAGUACGCACAAGUAGCUGAGAAUCGUGCUGCUCUUUAUUGGAGUGGGUGGACAGACAUGGGUGGGCGAGAUGAGUAAAUAAAUAAAGAUCUUAAUUUUAUGACAUGCAAAGUUAAAAGAAUCAUUAAAAUAUCUGUAGGAAUAGUUUUGCAUAUUUACUUUGUACUUGACUCACUUUGUGCGGUUUCACUUGUAGUUUAAAUGUUAAGUGCAACUUGCAGAAUUUUUUGUCUAAGCUCCACCCCCAUCUGCGAUUAGUAAUCAGCUGUCUGCUUGGCUCCUCCCUCGGGAUGUUACAGUAAUGUCUAAUUGUGUGUUUUCUACAUAUAGCAUGAAUGUUAGCACGUCUGUAGUGAUUUGUAGUUGUAAACCUGUAUGUUCAUAAAAUCCCGAUGUUCUUCCUAUGAUUUAUUACAUGGAUCAUUUUUGUGGAGCAAGCCGUUUGUCUGUCUACUUGUCUGUCUGUCUGUCUGCCUGCCUGCCUUCCUUUCCGUCUGUCUAUCUUCCUGUCUGUCUGGGUGUCUUGGUUGCUCUCUACACUGGGGUUUUUAUAAGUAUUAUGGAGUUACUAAACUAUUUGAGUGAUGCUUCUUGUAUCCAGUGUUGUGAAACAAUGACCAUCUGUAGCCAAACAAUAAAGAAUAGCCGGGUUUAAAAUGUACAUUUUAAGUCAUGAUUUUGCAAGUCAAAAAAUGGUUCAAAAUAAGAAUAUUUAUUUGAGAUCAGAAGUCGUAUAACACAAAGCAACCAUCACAGUACUGUAUUACACUUAAUUUGGUGACCGAAGACAAAGUUCUUGGUGUGAAAAUGUUUUACUGUUUACCCUGCAACAACUAAUCUAAAGACCAACCAGAAGGAGAAAUGUGUUCUUACGUGACCGCUAAGACACCAUAGCAGCGAUCAAAAUGUAAACAUGUUAACUGACAGAAAAGUAUCUCCUUAUCUCCUUAUCUCCUCUUGUGUUGAAGAGCGUUUGUGUGUUUAUGCAUCACGCUGAUCGUUUUCGGAACCAGGAAACCAGUCAGUUAGAAUCUGACAGCUUGUGCACCUUAUCACUACUCAUUAGUUUUCAGUGUACAGUAGGAGCUUUACAAAGCACUGAAAUUAUACGAGUGCAAACCCGGCCAACAUUUCAGCUACUGACAUCAUGUAUUACUGACGCAAAAGAUUUUGCCAGGUUUAAGGCUCAAGUGCAAUUUAUCAAUGAUCCCCGAUUUACUGAUGUCAUGUUAGCCUGUCAGGCGUUUUCAUAUCUGACAUUUCACAACUUUUCUCAAACCUGACACUGAUCUUCAGCAAUAUUAAAUUGAUCACAAAGUGUCCUUUCAGCUCCGUUCCAGCCAAGUUCGGUGACUCAGACACGGCUCAGUGUGUCCUGUUUAACCCCAAAGCGCCAUAAACGGUUUCCCCGCAUCGGUGCACCGACUCCCAGCUCUUUUUCCUUCCAGAGCUUCGUCCUGGAGUUUUGCUCAUAUAUGCUCAUGAACCACUUUUUACAGUGUGUAACGUGUGUGUGUGUGUGCGUGUGUGUGUGUAAAAAAGUGUAUUCUUAGACUUUAAUCUGAGCACAAAUUUGGGAUUAAUUUAAUGAUGUGUAAUGUGGUGCUGAUAUCCAAAGAGUAAUCGUGUAUAAUAAUUCAUUUAUAAUUUCUUUUUUAUUGCCUGUACAGUAAUCUCUGUGGACAAGAAAAAUAAAAAUGACUGAUUUACCAAAACGACUGUCA